GAGCAGACUGAGCAGACUGGAAGCAGGCCUUGAAUUAUUUCUUGAGUCUGGUUUAUCCCAUCGUUGUCAGAAUGAUCUUCCCCUCCAUCUCUGUCGCUGUUGUCCUUUCUGCAGCUGUACAAGCUCACUUCCAGAUGCAAUACCCUAUUCCAAGAGGUCCUUUCGUCGAAGACUCUGAACCGUUGUUCUGCGACGGUUAUACCAACGCCGUGAAUAACCGUACCAUAUUUCCCCUUAGUAACGGGAUCAUUAACAUGAACAGCGAACAUCCGUUGUGGACAGCGGAGGUCAUUGUCUCGACAUAUCAAAACCCGGAUAAUUUUAGCGAAUUUAAUUCUAGCUCUGGUUAUCAGACUGUAGUUCCAUUCUUCCAGCAAAGCGGGGAGGGGCUGUACUGUUUUCCUAUUGAUCUCGCUGCUGCUGCAGUAAAUGUGUCCGGUAUUCAAGACGGUGCGAAUGUUACUAUUCAGGUUCUCUUUAAUGGCGGCGACGGUAGUCUCUACCAGUGUGCGGACUUGACUUUAUCUGCUAACAUGACGGCUCCGCCGGCCAACGCCUCGUCCGGCUGCAAGAACGUAUCUGCUACGACUAGUAGUGGUGCUGGUAAAGGGGUAGUAGAAGUUGGAUCAAGAAUUAUCGCUGCAGGAGUGCUUAGCAUGGCGAUGAUGCUACUUUCCGCCCUGUAAAAGUGUAGCAAACGGUAUCUUGAGGCAAUAACUGCUAUGUACUUCAGUAUUACUUUUAUCAAAUUUAUGUAUCCGUCAAAUGAACUUGCCCAUGCUCAAUGACCC